AGACCACAGGCCAGACUCCCCUUCUGGCUUCCUAACUCAGUUAGCCUGGUCAGUUAACUCGGUGCCCCUGCGCCAUGACCUCUGAGGUGGAGAGCUCAGGUUACUGGCUGUGGCCCCAAAGGCCUAUCAUUCUCCAGACUUUUGACCCAGAGAUCCGGACCUCACCGGAUGCUCUGCGUUACUGAGGGUUUGCGUGCCUUUCGGAGACGAGGACCAGCUGACACGUGUGAUGCAUUAGCUCUGACUGCCCUCCUUGGCACUCUGUGGAGCCCCGGGGAGUUUCCCUUUUAAAGAGGUGGCCCUUCAAAGCUGGAGGACUCAGGAGCAGGCUGUCUGUCCGUCUUUCUGGGUUUCAGCCGCAGGACUGAAGCCAUAUUCGCACCCGUGACGUGACGUGACUGCGUGAGCUCCUGAAAACAUCCUGUGAGCAGGAGAACCGUACAGAUAGCCCACGAACAAUGUCUACAUGUGGAGGAUGACGUCGCACAAGUCAUUGAAGGGAGAGGCUCUGCCAGGCACGGCAGUUCCAUCGGGCUCUGUACAUUUUUUCCCUCUGUGCGUAGGCCAGCGCGGAGGUGCCAAGACAGCCGUGGAAGCAGAUCCCUGGGGACUUGGGGACUUGAAAUGUUGGUCAUCUGGUGGCUCUGGUCUCUGCUGACCAUCUGUGCUUCCGACACAUUCCGGGAGCAGGCAGAGAACAUCAUGAGAACCACACCGGUCAUUGACGGGCACAACGAUUUGCCUUGGCAACUGCUGACGUUGUUCAAUAACCAGCUGCAGAAGCCAGAGGCCAACCUGAGCACGCUCCUCGAGACACACACCAACAUCCCCAAGCUGAAGGCCGGCUUUGUGGGAGGCCAGUUCUGGUCCGCAUACAUGCCCUGUGACACCCAAAACAAAGAUGCCGUGAAAAGGAUACUGGAACAGAUCGAUGUCAUACACCGCAUGUGCCAACUCUAUCCUGAGACCUUCAUGUGUGUCACCAAUAGUUCAGACAUCCUACAGGCUUUCGAGAAGGGGAAAGUGGCCAGUCUGAUCGGUGUGGAGGGUGGUCACUUAAUCGACAGCAGCCUCGCUGUCCUGCGGACACUCUACCAUCUGGGCAUGCGGUACCUGACCCUCACCCACAACUGCAACACGCCCUGGGCGGACAACUGGCUAGUGGACAGAGGAGAUGACGAAGCUGAGAGCCAAGGACUGUCACCCUUUGGGAAGCGUGUGCUGACUGAGAUGAACCGUCUGGGUGUCAUGAUCGACUUGUCCCACGUGGCUGUGGCUACCAUGAAGGACGCUUUGCAGCAUUCCAAGGCACCGGUCAUCUUCAGCCACUCCUCUGCCUACAGCGUGUGUCCAAGCAGGCGGAAUGUACCUGACGACGUGCUGCAGCUGGUGAGGAACACAAGCAGUCUGGUGAUGGUGAACUUCUACAGCGAGUUUGUGUCCUGUUCAGACAGUGCCACCUUGUCCCAAGUGGCCGACCACCUGGACCACAUCAAGAAGGUGGCAGGACCUGGGGCUGUGGGCCUUGGAGGAGAUUAUGAUGGUGUUACCAGGCUUCCUGUGGGGCUGGAGGAUGUUUCCAAGUACCCAGACCUGAUAGCAGAGCUUCUCAGGAGGAACUGGACGGAGACCGAGGUCAGAGGUGUGCUAUCUGACAACCUGUUGCGGGUCUUCUCUGCCGUGGAACAGAUAAGCAACAGCAUGCAAGCCCCUGAGGAAGAGCCGAUCUCCCUGAGUGAGCUGGGCGGCUCCUGCAGGACAUACUAUGGCUACUCACAGGCCCCCAGCAUACACCUGCAGACAGGGGCCCUGGCAGCCUCUCUGGCGUCUCUGCUCUUCAGUCUGCAUCUUCUGUGACACCGCGAGGACCAGAACCUCCUCCAGUGCUCUCUGAGCUCAGGGAAGACUGGACAAGCCCAGAGAACCUGUUGUUCAUGCAAAACCACACCCUUUCCUGAAUAAGCAGCCAGCUUACCUGGGGACAGCUCGAGACACAGGCAUGCAAUAAACGCAAUGAGCCUUUAA